UAAUAACAUACCAUAAUAACAUAACCUCUUCUCAUAGGUAACCAACCAUCAACAACUAUUACUUGAUGAAUAUUAAACCCAAGUAAACCUUGGUAUGCACUCAAAGAACAAAAAGAGCUUCAAAUUCUCAAAAACUUCUCAACCCAAAUAUUUCUCAUCUUCCAAUCCAACAUGUCUCUUCAAGCUCAACCACAACAACCUGCUCAAGUCUACCCAACAACUCUCCCAAAUCAACAAUCUUCCCAUCACUCAAAUGGAUCUUUUGGGACAGUUUUCAUUGUCCUUGCAAUAAUACUAGUCAUUUCAGUUGUUGCUUGUUUUCUCGGACGCCUCUGCAACAGACGAUACAAUAAUAACAAUAACAACAACAACAAUCAAAAUCAUCGUCAAAACAAUCUACAAAGACCGGUUAAGCCGAAUAGGCAACAACAGAUUCAUGAUUUUCAACCAAGAGAAGAGGACAUUGAAUUUGGUGGUAUUGAAAAAAGAAUGCCUCCACCAAUAAUUACAAGGCCUAGAGGACUUGCUUUUGAACCACCAGGCACAAGAAUUUCUCAACCACAUGGUAAUAUAAAUAAUGGUCACAUGAAAGAUUUUGAAAUAAAAUCUGAUCAUGAUAGUGAUCAUCAUAGACAAGGUUUAUGACUAUGAUUAAAUCAUUCCCACUAUAUGUGCUUAAUUACUUCUAUUUAUUUUCUUUUAUUUGCUUUAAUUUUCAGUCCCAAAUUCAUGAUGUAAAUUUGUAAUAAAAUUAAAUAUGUUUUCUACUUUGUUUACUUUUAGACACUUGCAACAUUAUGUAUAUUAACAUUUUUAUGAAGUGGUUUGUUUUCAACAUUA